CUCCACAAGCUGUCGCCCGCAUCGAUCGUAACUUCCAGCGAAUAGCAAGACGGCGGAUGAGUGGAGAACUGAUGGGGACGUGUAUGUAAGUCGAUUACGGCCUAUCAGUCAUCGGCCAGGAAACGUUACUCCACCGGGAAGGCGUCGAAGCAGAUUUAGUUGUAGAUUGGCCGUCGACGGGUCGAGAAUCAUCCGCCAGCUAACGACGCUGUAGUUUCGUUCUUAUAGGAGAUCGAGAAUUGAGGAUCGAGGAUAAUCUUUUGUCGGACAUUUUUUUCAUUUUCGUCUCCUCGUUGUGAUUUUGUUCUGUGUCUGUUGAAGCCACUUUUUUGUCGUAUCUCGUUUGUACUGGGAACCAUGAGCGAUACCGGCAGUGGAAGUGAAAGUUCUGGCUCUUCUGGAGCUGGUGUACAAAAUGCUAUCGAUAAUCGUGCUCAACGCGAAUACAAGGAGGAGAUAGUUAAGGACAUGGCAAUAGAGAAAAUGAAACAGAAGAUGGAUGAAAUUGUGGCCAGAGUCGGCAAGGACGUCGAGAAAAAGUUGGACAUUGCGGUAGACGAUUUGUUUGCAGAGGUGAAACAGUUUAAUUUGAAAAACUACGAAUUAAAGCAAUUGUUCAACGAGAAAUCGUCCAUCAAAAGCGCAACGAUCCAUCGGAAGGGUCGAACGAAUGGAAAGCUGCCGGAAAAGGAGUUUGUGGCGCGAAACUCCUUGUUGACGGAUCUUUUCGAGGUGAAGCACAUCAAGACGAUCUACCACAUCUUUAUUGUUAUCCUGAUCAUCCUCUUUCUCAACACGGUCGUGCACGAUUUUGUUGAUACUGGCAGUAUCAACCUUGGCUUCCGUCCGAUAGUGGCCGGAUUUGGAAAAUUUCACUUGGCACUUAUGCUGUGGGCCUGCAUGCAACUGUCCACGUUCCUCCUCUACCCAUGCUUCCGGCUGUGGGCGUCCGCUCGUCAACGUUUCUCGACAGGUUCGGGCGUGCAAAAACUGUGGGAUUUGGCUGCGCUGGUCACUUUUCUCAUGUACCAGUGUGCUUUCAUGACUGUCGCGAUCAAGGCACUGCUGCUGUACGAUCUUCCACCGGCAUCUUCGGUGGCUUUUCUAAUGGAAAUGACACGCUUCCUGAUGAAGGCACACGCGUUCGUUCGCAGUAACGCUCCGAGGGCCCUCGGAAUGGGAGGGCAGAAAACGGCCGACUCAAAACCGGCCAGUGCGGAUGCGUACGGGCGACAGUUGCCCUCGUUCGGGAAGUAUGCAUACUUUUUGUUCGCACCCACGCUGGUCUAUCGGGAUGAGUAUCCUCGGACCAAGCAGAUCCGCUGGCGCAUCGUAGCCAGACACGCGCUCGAGGUCGUCGGCGUUAUCUUCUACAUCAGCUUCAUCCUGGAGCGCUUCCUGGCACCGUUGUUCGAGAAGUUUGGCCACGCAAAGAUCAGCUCGGGCAGCUUCGUGCUCUCACUGUUCGGUAGCAUCAUGCCCGGGUCGUUGUGUUUCCUGUGCGCGUUCUACUCGCUGCUGCACGCGUGGAUGAACGGGGCGGCAGAACUGUUGCGCUUUGCCGAUCGGAUGUUCUACCGGGAUUGGUGGAACGAGUCCACCUUCGCCGGGUAUAUCCGCUCCUGGAAUGUGGUCGUGCACGACUGGUUGUACACGUACGUGUACAAGGACUGUGUUGAGCACGUGUUCCGCAACUGUCGCCCGCUGGCCACCGUGGCUGUGUUUACCGUUUCGUCGGUCUUCCACGAACUAAUACUAGCGUUCUGCUUCCGCUUCUUCUACCCGGUCAUGUUUGUGCAGUUCGAGUUCAUGGGCCUGCUGCUGAUGGUGGUCACCCGGGGUCUGAACAAGGACGUCGGUAACGUACUGCUGUGGUUAAUGCUUUGUAUCGGCAACGGGCUCCACCUGAGCCUGUACAACAUGGAAUACUACGCGCGCCGCAAUUGUCCCGACAUUGGCGACUCGAUCGUGGACUAUCUGGUGCCGGUGUCCUGGUCGUGCAAUGGAAUAUCGCACAAUCCGAACUGGACCAUAACGGCACCAUGGAGCAUGCCGUAAUAACGCGACUUAGAAUGACUACUAAUGGGACGAAUUAUGGACGAGACUGAUUAGCUGUAGUGCCCGAUGCAAGGAUGAUCUUUUUUUCUCGAAAGAACUUAAAACUUUAUAAAGAAAAUUUAAAAAUGUUCACAAAAAAACUGCAUAUAAAUAAACAUGAUGAUGCACAUAA